UGGUAUAAUUAUAUCACAAAACUAGGUAUUUGAAGUAUUUCCUUAAUGUAUCAAGCAUAUUAAAAACACCACAUGCUCAACACGAAAGGUGGUGUUGAGAACCCAAAACCUAAAUCGGAAUAUACUUCCUAAGUCUCUCAGAAGACUCACGAAAAUAGGUAAUGUAAACAACGAAAAUCUAUAAAUUGAUUGACUAACAUAAUCUGUACCGAUAUUACAAACAAUCGCAGACGCAGCAUAAACAAAUCACAAUCCGUCACUGUCUCACCAGAUACGUUCGUCUCGCUCUCUCUCGAUGUUUACCAUUUUCCUGUGUAACCAAAGUUAGUUGCGUUCGAGACACGACACGUGAUAGUCGUUGUUUUUUUAUUUAAUUAGUGAAUAUCUAAGUACUGUGAGUGUAAUAGUGAACAAUGCAUUUCAGUGUCCAUAUAUAAAAAAAAAGUUACCUCGCAAAGGGUUCUGUGUCGAUAAACCAUUUGUGUUUUGGGAAAUGAAUGCUCAUAGUUUGUUCUCAGUAAUGCUUAUCGCUUGACACAGUUCGUUCGUCAGAACCGUGUAAUAUCUGCCUUUUAAAUGUAAUUUAUAUGAUUUUUUUUAUUAAUAACUUUAAUAGUUUGCACAGGGUACUCGUGUAGUGAAGUGGUUUUGGUGUCUUAAAAAAAAAUGCGGCGCUCAAAAAUGAACAUCAAUCCGGAUCUCGGUGAUUUAGAGGAGAUGUUAGCUCACGUCCAAACUCAACUGGAACAGGAGAUCGAUUUGGAGCAGAAAUCGAAAAUGCCUUCGAUAACCAGCGUCCAAGAAUCACCGAAGUCAGUGAAGAGGAGUACGUCUUUCAAUCGUUCCGAUUGCGAGCUCCGUAGGGCUCCUAAGCCGCCUAUCCACAGUAAUUCUAUUACGAACCACCAUGGACCCUGCGAUGGCAGCGAGGAGUACAGUCAACCUAUCACGAAUAACCUUCGAGGCUCCCAAACCAGUCUCAAAUAUGAUGAGAUGGGUUCCAGGAUAUCGUUUCAGUCUUUCCGGUCAGAGCCGGUACAAAGGCACUCCGUUCUUAGUUUACCCGACAAAAGAGGAUCGACUUCAUCUUUGAACGGCCGAGCUAAAACUGCCACGCUGCCCAGGGGAUACGGGUCGACGAAGGAGUCCAAUUGGGACGAAUAUUGGGCCAAUGAACAGUCAAUAAGCAGCGCCCGCGCCUCCGUCAUGGUGUACGACGAUGGGCAGAAGCGCUGGGUACCUUCAGGCAGCUCGUCCGGCCUGUCCAAGGUCCACAUCUAUCAUCACACCCAGCACAAUACCUUCAGGGUGGUGGGCAGAAAACUUAAUGAUCACGAGGUGGUGAUAAACUGCGGAAUAGUGCGAGGUCUAAAGUACAACCAGGCGACCGCCACGUUUCACCAGUGGCGCGACGCUAGACACGUUUACGGCCUCAACUUCUCCUGUAGAGAGGACGCGGAUAGCUUCGCGAGGGCUAUGAUGCACACAUUAGAGAUACUAGCGAACAAGCCGAACGUGAACUCAGCGCCGCCGCCCCCUCAGGCCCUAAACCCGCCCGCCCCCUACAACGGCCACAACAACACGUACAACCACGACGAGGACAUGGGAACGAUGACAAGAGAAGACGCAGCGAUACUUCAACAGCAGCCCCAAUACCACGCUGCGCAGCACCAGCCUCACCAGAACCACCAGCAAUACCAUCCGCCGAGCCAGUACCACGCGCCGCACCCACACCCGCAUCAGGCGCAAGCAACGCCCCCUGCUCCGCCUCCUCAUGGGGUUCACCACACGCUGCCUCAUCAGCCAAGUCAACCGACACCAGGACAUCACCGCACUAACAGCGCUCCAAUGGCCCCGAACAUGUCCCUAUCGGCGGCAGGUCCCCCCGCGCCCCCCGCACCGCCCCCCGUGCCCCCCCACCAGAACCUGGCGCCGACCAACAAUGGUCCAGUAGCGCCACCGACUCCGCCCGCGGCGCCACAACCACCACCGAUGCAGCAAGUUCAGCAACCGGCCCCCGCGCCGAGCGCCGGCCCUCCUCCCCCGCCCCCGCCGCCGGGCGCCACGGGCCCCGCCCCCCCGCCGCCGCCGCCCCCACCCCCGCAGCCCGACCUCACGGGCCUCGCUGCACAGCUGCAGCAGGCCAGACUUAAGAGACAGGCCAAGCAGCAAACGACACCAACAACGACGGAGGCCGCGUCUCCGAGCGGCGGAGAGCACUCAGGGUCCUCCUCAUCGUCAGCCGGCAGCGGCGGCGCCCGCGGCACCCUGCACUGCAUGAUGAACGAAAUGGCCAGGACGCUCGCGCGGCGGAGGGCACACCUCGACAGGGCGGAGGAGUCGUCGACGGAGAGCUCCGUGACGUCGACUCCGCUGAAGACCUGGGAACGCAGCGCCACCCUCCCGCACCGCCUCCCAGCCGCCUGCAACGGGACCACAGCCACCCCGGAGUCGGCGGGGCAGCCGCCGGCGCAGUCCCCGCGCUCGGUGCGAAAGCGCUUCGGUUCCGCCAGCGAGGAGACCAUUCUAAAGCAAGUGAACGGUGGCGAGGGAGGCUGCGUCACGGCUGCAGAGUGGGACGCCUUCAAGCAGGAGAUGAUGAAGGAGAUGCGCAAGGAACUUAACAUCAUGAAACGAGAAAUUAUUGAUGCUAUGAAAGCAGAGUUCUCCCGCAGGUAAGGGAGACGAGCGAAUCCGGAGUGAAUGCUAGUCGACCGCACAUGAUAUCAGAACAAAUAUUUUAAAAAUAAAACUCCAUUAUUACUAUAUAUAAAUACGUACGAUACUUAAUUGUAUAGAAGUAACUGUUGGCAACACAUGUACACGUACUCUUUGUGCUUCAGUGUUGCCAAUCGAUAAAAGAAAGUAUUUAAACUAAGAGUUGCAAACGUGUACGUAAUGCUGUUUCGGCUAUUCGUAAGUGCUCCAUUUACAUGGUUACGGAUGAUUUGCGUAUUAUCGUUAUGGCAUCGCCCAUGGACAGCAGCGCGACGGGGCAGCCUUAAACUACCGUACAAUACCUUCGUUGUAUGUGGGUUUCUAAAUUACCAUGAGUAGCUUGUUACGGCUUUAUUCGUCAAUAUGAGCGAUGCAAUGAUGAAGCUACGACUUCACAUAGUACUCUCUGCGGAACUUAGGGCUGUCACAUCACUCGUUUAAAUUCUCAUAAAAAUUAGAUUUGAAGAAAAUUUGAUUUUUAGAAUCAGAUAUGAUUAGUCAAUUGAGCUGGUGGUGUUUCCUGGUGUUAAGAGUAAGAGAGUGUCAGUCAGAGAAACCCGCAGCCUAGAAACAGUUUUUUGAUGUUCUUUUGUCCGUAUUGUUUCGAUUGCGCAAAAUAAAACGAAACGUGAGAAUGGAGCCUUAACGAAAAUGAAAUAGAAGUCAAUUUUAAAUGAUUGAUUGAGAUGAUUUCUAUAAAAUGUCGCAGAGCUACAUGAAUACACGAGUGAUUGUUUAUCAUAAAGAAAAUUAGAGGUUUUUUUUUAAUUAUUGUAAGCAUUGGAAAGCUGUAACUGCAUUUGUAUAAUUUUUUGAAAGAAGCACUGCCAUUUUAGAAAUACCCUCACAAAAAGUAAACUAAAAUAUCUGUUCGAAUCACGAGCUGCGGUUAAAUGUGAUUUAAAAACUAAACAUAUUAAAAUAUAAACAACGACGGUCAGGCAACACAGGACAGUCGAUGUUGCCAUUUAAAAAAAAUUAUUGUAAAAUCGAUAAUCAUUUAGAUAAUCGACUAAACGACGAAAUCGUCACAUAGACUUAUUCAAGCACGAAUAUCGAAGCAUGAGUUGUUUUUUUUUUUAAUUUUAUACUUAAAACGCAUAUAUUUAUUGUAUUACGUAUGUGUACGUAGUUUUUAAGGCGACCGCGUGUUCGACCGUUGCUUUUGUACGCAUUAGGCUCGUAGUGUAUCGAAUGUGUCGCAGCGGUCCGUGGGCUGCAUCUGGCAGCAUAGUAUAAAAAAAUUAAGUCAUAAAGAAGAAAUCACUUUCAUAUGCAAUGCUUCGUUUGUAUUAUUACUGUUAUUUUUGGCCAGGGUUCAGGAUAAAUAAAAAUCCUACCGAAGUACAAAUUAAAACUGCAUUAGCACUUCUUCUGUUUCGCUUCGAGUAGUUCCGAUUACUGACUGACUACAUGCCAACCCUGCAACUCUUUUAUAGCCGAUACGACAUUCCUAGAUUUAUCGAGAACAUUCCUCACAAGUCGAGUAUUUUCGAUAUGCGUUUCCGCCAUUUGACAAUAGAUGGCGUUCUAGAUUUUACUACUUCCUUUGAUAUUGGUUUCUGCUACGCUCCGAUAGAUGGCGUUACUCUUACCGGUGUCACAGUAUUAACGUUUUCCUGGUCGACACCCACAAAAGCAACGGUCUAAGUGAUUUAAGAGUAUAAAAAAAAACGUAGAUUACUCAAGUAAAAAUAGUGUUAAUCUGUAUUUAUUGGAGAAGUCUGUUCAUACUAGACGUUGAAUAUUAAACAUUUUGUGGACAAAAAUAUUAUAAGCGUGGUAAAAUUGAUGUGAACGGUCUUCGGUAAUUUUAGUUUAAGAUUUACAAUAUACUGUAUAAUGAAUAAUCGAUUUGUGUAUGCCAAUAUAUAUAAAUACAUACAUAUGAUGCGUUUGUCGGGCCUCUUUAAAUCGUAUGUAAGAUUUUAUUACAUUUUUUUUAAAAGUACCUCCAGAUAAUAUUAAAUUUAAGUCUUCCAUUAAUAUUUCCAAGAAGGCGUUUCAUUUUCUACAAAUCGAUUAUUCGAAUCGAUUCUUGAAUUUGAAGAUCGUCCCGCUUUUAUAAGAAUACAAAAAACAAAAUCGAUAAUUGCAUUUUGAAUUAUUUUUGUACAUUUUUUUUUCUAAAUAAUUUUUUUAAAUUAUUUGCUUCCAUUUUUAAUGGGCGUUCCGCAUUCCCAAAAUUGUUACAGGCCAAAUUAGUGUAAGCGCUUUAUAUAUAGCGUGAAUGAAUAAAAAAAAGCUGUAUUAAGUUCAAGAUUAUAACGACUCCAAAAUUAAAAUUAAAUAUAUUUUUGUUGGCAACACCUAUUUACUAUAUUCAAAUGUGAACUGUUGAAAUAGCAUUAUGAUAUGAACAUAAUAUUAAUUAAACUUCCGUAAUAUGAUUGUAAUACAUAAUGCUGUUUUCAAAAUAAUAUUGUUAGGUUUUCUCCAAACGAUACAAGGUAGUGAAUAGCGUUUCGAUGGUUCUAAUUGCACACACAAAAGAAUCGAUACAAUCUGCCCGGCAAAAGUUGAUCAAGCUAAAAAACGAAAUAUCGAUAUUUAAAAAAAAAACGAUUAAAAUAUGAAUAACGUAAUGUUCUUUGCUAAACAUAUUUUGUAUAUAUAAAUAUAUAGUAUUAUUUAUGGUAUUGAGGGGAAUAGAGAGGAAGGCUUAGAAUUGAGUGAUCUUUGUAUUGCUACUCGUGACGCGUCUGGCCUAAUAGACAGUCGCAGUGGUCAUAAGUCUAUCGAGAUAUUCAAUUAAUUGCAAGCUUAGUGAAAAAUUUAUUUAGCAUGCCUUUCACAUAGGAUAACAUUCUGAUAAGCCAAUACAUUAUACAGGGUGUCCCAGAAAGAUGGAUAAUCCUGAAACACCUCAUAGUAAGUAGAGCUAUCGGGGACACAGAAUAAAAAAUGAAAAUAUAUAUUUCUUUGGUAGUACCCAAAUAAAAAUAAAGAAAAAAAUACCAAAUUUCAUGAUUAAAAUUUAAGUUCAGAUUAACUUUUAUAAAAAAUUACACUAGCUACUCAUAUGAUUUCCAGCAUAUUUCUUAGUAUAGUCCAUGUAGAAUAUUAUAAGACCAAAAAGCCUGUGGAUUUCGUUUCUUUAUUUUAUUAUAUUUCGUAUAUUUCAAAAACGCACAGCAGUAUGGAAAACAUCAAGUUUUUUUUUUAAAUACGCGACUUGGGUACUACCUAAGAAUUUUGAUUUUUAAUCUUUUAUUUUGUGUCCCCAAUAGCUCUACUAUGAGAUGUUUCAGGAUUAUCCAUUCUUUCUGGGACACCCUGUAUAUCGAGUGAUGAAAGGCUGUUUGGUUUAAGCAACAUUUAGCUUAAUACGCGACGUUUAUGAAUGUUAUUACGUUCUUAAUAACAUAGGCGAAGGCUAUGUCUUAAUCCAACCGUUUUUUUUUUUCUAAAAAAAAAAGACUUUUAAUUUUAUGUAUGAAUAAAAAACGCGACGUGCUUUAUGUACUCUGGCAACACUUUAAGCUCUAAUUGUCUAUGAUAACGGGAAAGCGUCACGCGAAAGUUACCCAGAAUCGAUUAAGCCUUACGUUUAAUGGGAAAAGCUUAGCUAAAGUUCAUUGGCUUUUUUAGUUUAAAAAAAGUUUAGUUAAAUUUUCUGAACUCAAAAUUUAUCUGUUUAAAACACGGCUCUAGAAACUAUUUUAUUAUUAAGGCAUUCCAAUAACGCCUAAUUUUCUGUAGCUAUUGCGCCUAUAUAUUUUUUUUCAAUUUUUUUUGACGAUUUUUGUGAUAAAAUCGAUUUUUGCUUAUUUAUAUUCGAUUCCACCUCUACGUGUGCUUAAGUGAUAUUUUAUUUUUACGUCAACAAUUAAUACUGGUGCUCAAAUACAAGUAUUUAUUCAUUUUCUUUAAGUUCAUCGACUGAACGAGCAUAUUUAAGUAGAAAAAAAAACUUUUUUUGUAAACUUUACAUUAUGACGGAAUAUAACGUAAUCUAUAAAAUAUUAUUAGUGAUACAUAUUUAUGACUAUUAUAUAAUAUAAUAAUUAGUGUUAAAACGUAUACAAAAUCGAUAACCAAAUUGUUUUUUUUUUUUUUUUUUAAGGCGUACCUAUUGUAUCGAUUAAUCGGAUGGAGAUGUAAAAUCGAUUUUUAGUGUCGUCGAAAAGUACCGUUUUUAUAAUAAGCGACGCCUUUCUUUAUCUAAUCGUAUAAAUGCUGCGUUGAAGUUUCAGUUCAUACCGACUUCCAAACAGGAGGUAUGUGUAUUUGAUGUCUAAGUAACAUUAUUGUGAGCAUACGCUUCCUUUUUUUUUUCAAAAUUGUAUAUAAUAAUAUCGAACAAAGCGAUUCGUUAGCUUAUAAAUUUGUAUUGGUCUCAUUAAUGUCAAAGAAUAAUCUACAAUAUUAUUUCUUUAUUAUUUAAACGAAAUUUGUUUUUUUUUUUUAAUUCUAAAGAAUCUGCUAAUUCCGGCGUUAAAAUAAGUACAUUUUCGUUUUGAUCUAUGACCGUAAAUGUUAAUGUUUAAUUGAUUUUGAUAAAUCUGCUUAUAAAUAAAUAUCUAUUAAUUGACAUUUAUUUAAUGUGCUUAGUCUUAGACAAGGGACUACAAAAUAAAAAGAGAAAAAAUUUGUGAAGAUAAUAAUUAUGUACUGCGUUUUUCUUAUCAAGUAUCUUCAAAAGUAUAGUAUAUAAAGAAACAAUUCAUUCCAUUUCUAAAGUAUUCUCUAUGAUUGCAUAUCUAAUAAUUCCCAUUUAAAUGUGUGUUAUUUUUAUUGAAUUUCUCGGAAAACAUUAGAAACGAAAACGUUGUAACUGUGCCAUUAAAAUUAUAAAGCAUUUUAUGUACACGAACAAAAUAUUUAUGAAAAUAGUAAAAACACAAAAUGGCGCUGACGUUUACUUGCAAAUGGCGUCAGAUGCUACCGAAAAUUGAGUAGUUUUAUUUAAAAAAAAAAAAAACAUUAUAAACACGUGCACAAUCCUAUUUUAGUUUAAAUUGAAUUAAUAUUUGCAGAAUAACGGUUUUAAUUUAAAAUGUACUUUAUUAAAAAUUAAAAUAGGUGAUUUGAUUUAUAUAAACAGAACGUUAACGACUCUUAUACAAAAAAUAAAAAGCCACUACAUAUUAUGUAUCAUAUUUUUUCUUUAUGUGAAAAAACCCGCCAAAAUGGUACGAACUCUAUCAGAAACAGUGAAUUUUUUUUACUGAAUUCAAUUCACAAUUUCACAUUGUCCCACACUUUAUAAAGUGAUUUUUCGAGUCGUUUUCGUCCUGAAAAGUGAUUACAUUGUGUUGAAAUCGCUAGUAUGUACUAUAUGCGUUACCACGUAUAUUAAAUAAUAUAUAUAUAUAUAUAAUUAAUGUAAUAUUGUAUUAUGUUUGCAGUCAUUAAAAAAGUGUAAAUACAAAGUUUUGGUAACGAA